AUGGAUUGGUGCGCAGAUGUUUUAACAGCGGAAGCCAUGGCACUACGUUUUGGCAUAUUACUUGCACAAAAGGCGAGAAGCAACCGACUUGUUGUUAACUCCGACAAUUUGGAAGUAAUUGACACAAUGAAGAAUGGAGGACAUACAGUGGGAGCGGCGGCGGCUGUGUUUGAUGAUUGUUAUUUUAUGGCUUGUGAUUUUCCGUUAGUUAGAUUUGAACAUUGUAAUAGGGAAGCAAAUAAAAUAGCUCAUGAAAUUGCUAGAGUAGCUAAAUUUUCUGAGACAAGGGAUUGGUUUGAGGAACCUAUGAGUGAUAUUGUAAAUUUUCUUAUAAACGAUGUAACCAUUAUUACUAAUAAAUAA